AUGCUAAGUUUAUAUCUUAGAUUUGUGUUACAAUUAGUUUUUAUUAUCCAUUGUAUAGUUAACUUAAUACUAGCAGAAAAUUCAUCAUCUUAUAAUCAAUGUCAAUCUAAUUGGUAUUAUCUUCCAGAAGAAACAAUUUGCAUUAUAUUUGCAACAUCACAAGCAGGUGAUGUUUCGUGGUAUAAUGGUUAUAAAGCAUGUCAAAUAAGUUCGGCAAAACUAUUAACUUUUUCGGAUUCAAUAAAAUUUCAAUCAAUUCAAAAAAAAAUUCAUCAAUUAGAAUAUGAUGAUCAAAUCUAUGUAGAUUAUAUUCAACGAGGUGUUUGGAUUGGAAAUGCUAAAUGGUCAAAAGAUGAUUUAUGUGAUAGUACAAGUACAACAAUUGAAGAUCUUCAAUUAAAUUGUAUUAUAUUAACAAUACGUUCAAAUGAUCAAUCUUUAUGCCUAAAAAGAGUAUCAUGUAGAGAAAAACAUCCAUUUAUAUGUCAAAAGAAAGCAAUAACUGAAAAAGAAUUAAUUGAAAGUACUAUGGAAAGAUUGAAUUUUUUGAAAUGCAUUAUCAUUAUAUGGUGUAUUAUUGAUAUUAAAAAAGAAAAAGAAAAAGCACACAAAGCAGCUAUGGAAGCUAUGCUUGCAGCACAUCAAACUGUACAAUUACAGUUAUAUGUAAAUCAAUUUGAUUUUGAGUUACCCGAAGAAUUGCAAUUAAAUGGUGAGUUUUUUUUAUUUCAAAAAUCAUAA